GCUCCAGAGAGAGUCAGUAUUCGAUUCCGAAUCAAUUGUUUAACAAAAACGUUCACAUUGUUUGCUCUGUGUGUCAAGAAAUAAAAAAGUGCAAGAAAAGAAAAUGUCAUCUGCCAGACCAUACUUUUUUGAAGAACACUUUCCUGCAAGCUAUUACCUUCCCUUUGCGCCACCCAUUCAACGUCAUCCGGGAGCAUUGAAUUAUCCAAGAGAAGAAUUGGAGAAAGGGCACUUUGAUAAAGAUGGCUAUCAUGUGUUUGUGGAUGUAAAAGAAUUUGCUCCGGAGGAGAUUUCUGUUCGGACUAUAAAUGAGACAAUUAUUGUCGAAGGGAAACAAGAGAAGCGUCCAGGCAGUGGAAUUCCUCGACAUUUCGUUCGGCACUUCAGAUUGCCAGAAUUUUACGAUAGUGAGGAUGUUUUUUCAAGCAUUUCGGACGAUGGCAUUUUGGAGAUCCGUGCUACACCAGCCCAUAAAAAACGCUAUCACCGCAAUGUAGCCGUUAAAAAAGACGAUGAAAAAUAAUAUAUCAACCGAAAUAUCAAAGUAGUUUUGCUGAAAAAGUGUUUUGUGCAAAAAUAUAAAAUGUUUCACAUCAUUUCGAUGUUUGUUUGCUGAGACUUGAGAUUUAUAAUUAUACGUUUUUAUAUUGUUUCGUAAUUGCUUGAUAUUAUGAUGUUUUAAUGCAUUUUCUGUUAUCUUUAGUAUGUUAUCUUCUGUGUCUCAGUCCGAAAUGUAUGUGUUCAGUAAUGUUUUAAUGGUCCCUAUCAAUUUAUAUGCAACAAAUGUUAACAAAAAUGCACAUUUUUCUUUGAAUAAAAUUUAUAAAAUGUAA